CUCAUCACCCUCCUGCACGCACACACUAGUCCUGAAGUUACGUUGUCAACGAGUGGUAAACAUGGAAAGUCACGAGAUUGACAUGUCAUUUGAGUUCUUUUACAACAGUUCUGACAACAUCUCAGAGGAGUCUGGAGACUUUGACAUAGACCAGGAGCCAUGUGGCAGAGCUCUCAGCAACAACUUCAACAAGAUCUUCCUACCAACGGUUUACGGAAUUAUAUUUAUUCUGGGAAUCAUUGGCAAUGGAUUAGUCGUUGUUGUCAUGGGCUAUCAGAAAAAGGUCAAAACAAUGACGGACAAGUACCGGCUCCAUCUCUCCGUGGCGGACCUCCUGUUCGUCCUCACGCUGCCCUUCUGGGCCGUGGAUGCAGUCAAAACCUGGUACUUUGGGCAAUUCCUCUGUGUGUCUGUGCACAUGAUCUACACAGUGAACCUGUACAGCAGCGUUUUGAUUCUCGCCUUCAUCAGUCUAGACAGAUACUUGGCAGUUGUGCGGGCCACCAACAGCCAAGCCACAAGGAAGCUGCUUGCAAGCAAAGUGAUCUAUGUGGGUGUGUGGCUGCCUGCAGCUGUGCUGACUGUACCUGACCUGGUGUUUGCCAGGGUGCAAAACAAAGGGUCUUCAAACUUCCUCUUUUCAGACGAAAGCAUGGAGAUGGCAGACUCCAGGAUCAUCUGCCAGCGCAUCUACCCGCAAGAAACCAGUCUCAUAUGGACAGUUGUUUUCCGCUUCCAGCACAUCCUAGUGGGCUUCAUACUGCCCGGUCUGGUCAUCCUCAUCUGCUACUGCAUCAUCAUCAACAGGCUGUCGCGAGGCACCAAGGGCCAGGCUCUGAAGAGGAAGGCGCUGAAGACCACGAUCAUCCUCAUCCUUUGUUUUUUCUCCUGCUGGCUGCCCUACUGUGUUGGCAUCUUUUUUGACAACCUGAUGAUGCUGAACGUGAUCUCUUCCUCUUGUGUAAUGCAACAAGCGGUGGAGAAGUGCAUUUCUAUCACAGAGGCGCUGGCCUAUUUUCACUGCUGCCUAAACCCCAUCCUCUACGCUUUCCUGGGAGUUAAGUUCAAGAAAUCCGCCAAGAGUGCACUGACAGCCAGCAGAUCAAGUCAGAAAGUAACUCUCAUGACAAAAAAGCGAGGGCCAAUUUCAUCUGUGUCAACUGAGUCCGAGUCCUCAAGUGUUUUAUCAAGUUAACAAACAGUCAAACUGCCUUGAUACUCUCAGGAGUGAAAAAAAACAACUAACCUUCAAUUUCAAAGAACUUACUACAUUUUGUACAGAUGUACAAAAAAAGAAAAUAAGAGUUUUUGUACUUUUUGAUUUGUUCGCCUUGUUUACUGCAAUUGUGUUCUUAUUGUAAUUUGUGCAAGUUUGAUGUUCCUCAAAGCAGCUUGUGUCCGCAGGCUGUGCCUCAAUUCCAUUCACUCAGCUCUACAAUCAAGAUCCAUUUUCUCUGUUUUCAUCUUUACAAUCUGUUCUGCUGUAUCAAAGCUCAGAAAAUGCCCUACUCUGUUUUCAUGGAUGGUAGCUGCUCUUAGAAACCUGUACAUAGUUUGUAGAAUGUGUGUGUUCGCACUUAAGCUGUGUGAUUAUCUGAAAGCUAUUAUUUAUUGCUGUCAUUCCCACUGGACGUUUUGUAAAAGAACGGAACUGCAUGCAUGCUGCUUGUUUGUUUUUUUUUACCGUUUUUUAUGUGAAUAAAUAAAAAUUUUGUAGUGCUUUU